AAACGUAAUACACAAAAGAAUGAAAAUCAGGAAGUAAAUAAUUCAAGAAAGACAGACGACACACAAAAAAGGAUUGGACAUGCGAUGGAGCAUUCGGAAGUUUUAUUUCCUUUCUAGCUAAUCGCCCAGAUGUAGAUCAUAUCUGUGCAGACUUGGUGGAAGUGGAAAGUAACAAUCUCGCUGCAUUGGAAUUAUGAUGAGGGGCCAUUUCAGUGGUGUGCUGGGAUUUUCUCUCAUUCUGAGUUUGUGCUCUUCAGCUGGUGGGUUUAUCUUUGGUGGUGAUGGUGAUGUUGCUGUUGGAGAGGUAACUCCAGUGAACCCCAAGGCAGUACUGAAUCAGACUUUGGAGUUGAACUGCACUGUGUUUGAAAGUUCGAGUCUGAAUGCUUCCCUUCUGGGCUGGGAUAUUCAUGGGUCCUGGGCAUCACCAGAUACAGUUUCUAUUAUUGGAGAAAGAACUUUAAUGUUCCACAAGAAAAUCACCAGUGUCGAGGAGGCAGGCACUUACUCUUGUAGGAGAACGGACGUAGAGGAUUACGGGAAGAGUAUGGUGAAGUCAGUCUCACUGAUAACUGAGUAUGAAGCAGUGCGAAAUGUUUCCAACAUUAGUUGUAUAGUGAAUGAAGAGAAAAAGGAAUUUCACUGUAGAUGGGAACUUGGACUGUACAAUAGACCAUCCUCUCUUAAUGUCUCAGUAAUUAUGUCCCCAGACAAUGGAUCAACUGUUACACCAUGUCCAAAGAAGUUAAAAUUUCAGCAGAAUUGUACUUGGACAGAACAAGAUGUUGGUAAUGCUGCCAUCUUCUCCAUGUCUAAGAUAGUUGUCCUCACCGUUAAUAACAUGGACUUCGAUGAAGAAAAAUCUUUCAGAAAGGAAUUUAAAACACAGACCUUGACUAAACCUUUGCCUACAGAAUAUGUCAAUGCCUCAUCCGUGGAUUCCUGUGGGUGUGCCAAUGUGUCCUGGGGGACAAUACCAGGAGGGGCCAAGACCUCCUCUCGGGUCAUCCUGAUGUCACAGUGGAACAGUGUCCCUCUGGUUCACGAUGUUAAUGUUAAUAAAAGCCUUGUUGUGUGUAACCUGAUUCCUGCCACUACAUACACAGUUACAGUAAUUAUUAAACCUUUUGGGGGCUUGUACUACAGUGAUCCAAAGGAGAAGGACUUUGAUACAUGUGAAACAGUCCCCUCUCUUGCUCCACCCCUGCAGUCCAGCGGUUUUUCCUCGGGGGAUUGUACUUCGGGGUAUAGAUCCAUAUUUGUUUACUGGGAGAAAAUUCCGCGUCGAUUUCAAAAUGGACCUUUGAAGGAAUACAGGGUGUUGUACGGUGAUGACAAUUGGAAGAGAGUAGCUCCUAAUGCGACAUCAGCCACUGUAAACAUCCCUUGUGGAGGCCGUAACAUAACCGUUCGAGGAUGUAACCUCAUUGGAUGUUCACCUAACUCCUCUAUAUACAUACCGGCCUACACAGAUGUGGUGUCCCCCAAGAGAGUUAUAGUAGAACAGAAGGGACAAUCAGAGGUGCAGCUGUCCUGGUUUGGGUUGGAGAGGGAGGCCAUUGUUGCUACUGAUGUGGUGUGGUGCAAAGUCAAACCAGCAGUGCUGCAGUGUCAGGAUGAAAUACAUAUACUUAGAAGAACAGGGAAUAUGAAUCACACAGUUCUGAAGGCAGACAUGAUUGAUCAAGCUCUGGAUGAUGUCAUAUUUGGUGUGGCAGCCAUCAAUGAUAAGAAUUUCAGUAGUGGAAUUAAAUGGCAGGAGGAAUGCAGAUAUGUGAAGGAUGCAGUGCCCUCACCUGUGGAUGGUGUGUCCCUCCCCCUCGACCGUCCUAAAAACAGCCUGGUGGUGACCUGGAAUCCCCUCAGAUGUGAGUCAGGGGUCUCAAAUAACGCCUACAUCAAGACGUACCGGAUCAUCUACUGCCAGUUGAAUAUACAAGAAUCCUGUAAAGGCAAGGAAUAUUCUGUGAGUGUCCCUGCAGAUAGUACCACACAGUACACACUAAGAGACCUGGAGGCAGACACAGAAUAUGGUGUGUGGGUACAAGCCAUGUCACUCACAAAGGAGGGGCGUAGAAGUAAAAUGGUGACUGGACGACCUACCAAUAAUGAUUUACCAGGGGGAUCAAUAGCAGCCAUUGCUAUCGGAGGAAUAUUUGUUCUUAUACUUGUCAUUGCAGGAUUCGUGUUUGUUUGCAGACUCUUUAGACGUAAAUUAGGUCUGGAUGAAAAAUUUGAAAUAGAAAAUAUACAAGUUAGGCCCUAUGAAAAUCUGCCUACUGGAAGCAAUUUGUAUAAUAACCUCACCGUACCAGCUGACAGAUCCAGCUCACCCCUUAUCACACCUAAUGGAAUGUCAUCAAAUGGAGAUAUUAGACAUAAUGGAGUAAAUCACAGUUAUGAAGAUAUCUUACCAGAUGGAUCCUUGGUGGACCUUGAUGAAAAAGAUAGGAGUGAUGAACCAAAGGACUCCAAACCCGACCUUAAAUCCAACAUGGUGACGUUACCAAUCACGGAUGUUCCACGGCAGAUCAGUAAGGACAGCGGUCACGGGAGCCUGUCCCCCACGUCAACUCACGGACCAACCACCUCUGAAGAGUCUGACAAAAAAGAGCGUAUUCUGAGAGAUAUUAUAUUGGACCUUCCUCCUGAUUACGCCAAGGCAACUUCAGUGACCACCCAGUGUGUUCAUGGGUUUGAGAAAGGUUCCUUUGAUACUGAGGACAGUUUCCCCCCUGAUUCCAGAGGGACGUACAAGGACAGUUUAUGUUCCUCUUCACAGUCCAGUGGCAUUCCACUAGAUGAUGGAUAUAAGAGUCAGGCAGAUGUCUUACAAG